CCCGUUUUGCAUGGGUCCUUGUAUCAGGCGAUCUUUUGCAGCAGAUCGGAACGGAUCGCGUCGCGCAUACUCAGUUCUCCGAGAUGUGCGCCACUCCCAGUCCCAUGCGAGCCAUGGUGGAGAUGGGGUGAGACAUCCAUCCUCCUCCCCAGUCUGUUCACCACGGAUUGUUCUGACAUAGGUCCAGGUUCGAUAACCACUUCACAUCAUUCAUGACGAUGCCGAAAUACUUUGACCAAUUCGGCCUCAAGGAGCCCAAGGAUCGCCUGCAGACCAUCUUUGCCUUUUCCGAGGGUCAGCUCGGAUCCACGGCCUGGGAGAUCAUUAACAAAGACAAGGAUCGCAUGACGAGCUUCAUGCUGGCCAUGGGUGCCGCCGAGGAUAUUGUCCCUGCCCUCGGAACGUAUGACCUCGGUUGGGCCGUCGAAGAGGCUGCCAAGUCCGAGGACCGGGCCCUCGUCGUCGACGUCGGUGGGGGAAAGGGGCAAGCUCUCAAGGCUAUCCUCAGGGAUACUCCUGGCCUGCCCCGCCACCGAUGUGUAUUGGAGGAUCUCCCCGAGAUCAUCGAAGAGAACAAGCAGAACGAUCCCGAGCUUUCUGGUAUACAGAUGGUUGGCAUGGACUUUCACAGCGAUCAGCCUGUUAAAGGUGCCCUUGUCUACUACAUCCGCCGGUGCCUGCACGACUACUCAGACGACGAAUGCGUCGGCAUGCUGGAGAAAAUUGCGGAUGCCAUGGCGGCAGAUAGUAGGCUGUUGAUCGCGGAGACGCUGCUGAGCAAUCCGCCGGCGCCAGUUCCAGCUUGCAUGGACUUCGUCAUGGCAACGAUUUCGGGCAAGGAAAGGACGGUGGAAUGCUUCAGUGACAUUACCGGAAGGGCUGGCCUGGAAAUCACGAAGGUGACACGGAACCCUGGUGGCGGUGCUGUAGUUGAGUGUGCCAAGGCGUAGGGUGAUUCGACGGCCUGAUAGCGAAGAGGUUGCUCUGAAUUGGUGCUUAAAGUCUUGUUUCCCGAUACUCCUCUCCAUCGUUGUGUUGUGUUCCAGGUUGCGUUGUGGGAAUACGUUGAUCCUACAAUUAACUAUCCUGGUUACAUUACCUUAGUUCUCUGAAAAAAAAGAUGAUUCACAUUAUUUCGUGGCUUAAGACUAUGGAAAGUUUCAGAUUUAAUUAAUCCAAGGUCUUGAGCCUCAAUUAAUUUACUAGAUUAAUUAGAAUACUAUCAAGAACGCAUAACCUCUGAUACAGCCGAUAUUAACUACUGAACAAGGCCAGACCACGCC